ACAUUUCAGCCUCCUUUUAAAAGACCAGGUUGCUUCGAGGCCCUGCCGCCAUCUAAAAGCAGCUAUCGAGGCCUUUUUGGAGGUGAGGGGUUCUUGGAUUAUCCUCGGCAUAGCUGUCGGAAUAUCAGAGGCGCCGAUGACACCCUGCAGGACUUCAGCCAUCCAGCCACGAGCAGCCUUUUGUCUCUGAACUGCAACAAAAGUCCACCUCUACGAAAAAGCUUGUUCAAGAUGCACGUGCUGACCAGUGGAGGUGACUCUUCAAAAAUGGACGACCUCAGCGGUGGCGGCAGCGGCAGCCAGACAACAACAUCCACACCUCAAACUUUUCUCAGUCAGGUUACCAUGACGACAGUGCCUCCUCCUCCUCCUCCUCCUCCACCAGAGGCGACAGUUGGCCAUGCAGCACCUCCUCUUCCUUCCAAGCCCCCCCGCUCCACCCCUCCUCUGGGCUCAUCUGCAGCGAGCGGCCGACCCUCGCAGCAGGCGCCACAUGCAGAGAUGCAGGACAAGGGCACAAAGAGAGCUUUCGUUCCGCCCAUGACGCCGCGGCCGCUCCACAUUCAAGGGUCUUCUGGUUCUGGAGUUUUGCGACCGGUUUCUGAAAUCCCCAUCAAGUUCAGAUCUGUGUUUAAUGAGUUCCCCUUCUUCAACUACGUUCAGUCCAAAGCUCUUGACGAUGUUCUUUACACAAAUAAAAACUUUGUGGCAUGUGCUCCCACUGGAUCGGGGAAAACGGUGCUGUUUGAGCUCGCCAUCAUCCGCCUGUUGAUGGAGACGCAGGAACCCUGGAGUGACGUCAAAGCUGUAUACAUGGCCCCUAUCAAAGCUCUCUGCAGUCAGUGCUUUGAGAGCUGGAAGAAGAAGUUUGGUCCUUUCGGGCUGGUCUGUAAGGAGCUGACCGGAGACACAGAGAUUGAUGACUUCUUUGAGAUUCAUGACUCCCACAUUAUCCUCACCACCCCUGAAAAGUGGGACAGCAUGACGAGACGAUGGAAGAAUAAUUGUUUGCUGCAGCUGGUCAGGCUGUUUCUCAUUGACGAGGUUCAUGUGGUGAAGGAUGCCACACGAGGUGCUACUCUGGAGGUGGUAGUCAGCAGGAUGAAGGCCCUGCAUGCCUACAGGACCUCACAGAAUCCAGAAGCAGGCCUCUCCGUGAGGUUUCUGGCUGUGUCGGCUACCAUACCCAACAUUUCUGAUAUAGCGGAGUGGCUGGCAAAUGAGAGCGGCCCGGCGACGUGUCUGGAUAUGGAUGAGAGCCACCGUCCUGUAAAAUUAAAGAAGGUCGUAUUAGGAUUCCCCUGCAGCGCAAACCAGUCAGAGUUCAAGUUUGACUUGUCACUGAACUACAAGAUGGCCAACAUCGUACAGACUUACUCCGAGCAGAAGCCCGCGCUAGUGUUUUGUUCCACGAGGAAAGGAGCCCAGCAGUCCGCUGCCGUUCUGGCCAAAGAUGCUCGCUUCAUCAUGAGCAUCGAACACAAGCAGAGGUUGACGAAAUACGCAAGCUCUAUUCUGGAUUCAAAACUGAAAGAGCUGGUGCUGUUAGGAGUUGGUUACCACCAUGCAGGAGUUCAUGUGUCGGACAGGAAGACGGUAGAAGAGGCCUUCACUCUGGGAGACCUACCUGUUCUCUUUACCACCAGGACUCUGGCCAUGGGAGUGAAUCUGCCAGCUCACCUGGUCGUGAUUAAGUCCACCACGCAGUAUGUGGCAGGCUCUUGUGAGGAGUAUAGCGAGGCUGACCUGCUGCAGAUGAUCGGCCGGGCCGGCAGACCACAGUUUGACACCUCAGCCACUGCGGUGAUAAUGACCAAGAUCCAAACCAAAGAAAAAUACAGUAAACUUAUGAGUGGGGUGGAAAUCAUUGAGAGCAGCCUGCACGGCCACCUGGUGGAGCACCUGAACGCAGAAAUAGUUCUCCAAACCAUCAGCGACGUCAGCAUGGCCCUGGACUGGAUACGCUCCACCUUCCUGUACAUCAGAGCCCUGAAGAACCCCACACACUAUGGUUUCUCGGCUGACUUAGACAAAUGUGGGAUUGAAGCAAAAUUUCAAGAGCUGUGUCUGAAGAACCUCAACUCCCUGUCCUCCAUUGGGCUGAUCGAUAUGGAUGAGGACAUCAACAUCAAGCCUUCAGAGGCUGGCAGGUUGAUGGCCAGGUAUUGUGUUGCCUUUGAAACCAUGAAACAGUUUAAUAAAGUGGUGGGCACUGAGAACCUGUCUGACCUGAUCGAGCUGGUGUCGAAGAGCAGGGAGUUCAGUGACAUUCAGCUGAGAGUGAAUGAGAAGAGGUCUUUGAACACUCUGAACAGAGACAAGAACAGGAUCACCAUCAGAUUUCCCAUGGAAGGAAAGAUCAAAACCAACGAGAUGAAAGUGAAUUGCCUGAUUCAGGCUCAGUUAGGAACCAUCUCCAUUCAAGAGUUCGGACUCACACAAGACACAGCGAAGAUCUUCAGGAUUGGGAUGCGAAUCAGUAAAUGUCUGUCAGAGUUCCUGAGCCAGCGAUCCAAAACCGGUUUCUCUGCUGUGCUCAACGCUCUAAUCCUGGCUAAGUGCUUUCGAGCCAAGCUUUGGGAAAACUCACCCUACGUGUCCAAACAGCUGGAGAAGAUAGGCCAGAGUCUGUCAACUGCCAUGGUGAAUGCUGGCCUCACCACCUUCAGCAAGAUCGAGGAAACCAACCCCAGAGAGCUCGAGUUGAUUCUCAACAGGCAUCCACCAUUUGGAAACCAAAUCAGAGAAGCUGUUGUGCACCUCCCGAAGUAUGACGUGACUCUGGAGCAGCUUCCCAGGUACAGCAAGCAUUCCGCUGAGAUUCUGGUGAAAGUGAGCCUGGUGAAUCAAGCACCGCUGUUAUCCAAGAGAACGGCGCCAGACCACCACUACGUCUCCCUCGUCAUCGGAGACUCUGACAACGCCGUGGUCUUUCUGCAGAAACUUACUGACUCUGUGUUAUUGAAGUCUGGCAGCUGGUCGAAGAAAAUUGAUGUGUCAAAGGCCUCAAAAGGAGCAGAAAUAACUGUUCAUCUCAUCAGCUCAGAAUACGUGGGCCUGGACCUCCAGCAGAAGUUCAGUUUGUACUACUCUACAGCCUGGAAGCCUGAAAAUCCCCGCAGCACAACACAAGAUCCCACCGGACAGAAAGCCCCGCAGCCUGCCACGGUGGACCAGACUGCAGCUGAGACUGCCAACGGCACAUACAAUAAGGACCCAGUUGCAGGAAAUAAAAGACAGUGUAACCACCUCUGCAAGAACAAGGAACUCUGCGCUCACGACUGCUGUAAACUCGGUGUAGCCGUGACAAGAAAGAGGUCUUCGAACCAAGAAUCCAGUUUCACCUCCCAUUUGAAAGACCUGCGGAGCCGAAGUGACUCGCUGGCGCAGACGCCCGUCAAACGCCUGAAGCUGAAAAUGAACGAGGAGGCCGUGUCUGUCAGCAUGAAGGAGUUUUCCUAUAAACCCAGAGAGAUGCUUCGUCCUGAUUCCUGGUAUAAACAAAUCCACUCGCUGAGGCCGAGCGCUGUGGUGGACCUGACGGGUGGAGACUGUGUUCCAGAUGUUCUGGACAUGAACGACUAUGACGGAGGUUAUGAUGACGUUGUGGAUGUUGAGCACCAGAGGAUGGAGGAGUCCGCCCGAACUCCUGCAUCCUACUAUCAAACAGAUUCCCAGAUGUGGACGAUGCCACAAAUAAGCGACAGGAGUCAGAAAUCCAAACAGAAUUCACAUCAAAUGAAUGCAACCGGCUGGGCGUCCUCGACCACGAGGCUCCACCAGGAAGCGCUCAGGAAAAACGCCUCCUUCCACCAGGCGGUCUGCUUCGAGCUGGGAAAUGAAUGGAAAGACUACGGUGACUGGGGAGACUUCGACGACGAGGACUUGGUGCACGCCAGCGAGACGCUGUCGGAUGCUGAACCUCAGACCCGUUGGCACCUCGACUACAGCGUGACAGGCUGCGUUUCCUCAUCCGCACCACCUCCACCUCUCAGCCGCUCACAAGCCAAACCCUGUUAUACCGCUAACUCUACCACACAGAGAUCAUUGUCAUCGACCUUGAGUCCUGAUUUCAGAAACCUGGGAUUUUCCCCGUCGCCUCCGUCAGUCACGUCCCCGAAGAGAAUCACACUCGACUGGAAGAAAAAGAUAACAGACAUUGGCAGCCAGCAGAUCGCAGCCAAAAAGCCAGAAACUCAACCAAAGCUAACUAAUGUGGCCCAAGUGACCAGAAGGUUUGACUUCUUCUCAGAGAACAUCCCAGCAGGCGUCAUCUCAUCUGCCAGUAGCAGGAAGAAAGAAGAGGAGAGUUUCAUUGGCAUAUUUGACGGCAUAUUUUAGAAGCUGCACUGGUUUUCAGUGGAGUCUCAGGAGAUGAGCAGCAUCUACAGAAAGUGUUUCAUGUGUCUCACCUGAGAGAUUUAGUCUAAAGGUUGGCGUUGUUAUAAUCACCCGUUCAAACGUAAAGCAGGACAAGUUGUGUUGGUUAGAAGGUUAAAAAUUUAAUUAUAUCCAUUUGUAUUUAUUUAUUUAUGAAUUCAAUAAAGUUGAUGUUGUUUGGUGGUUCA